UAAACUUUUUUUGUAUCCAUCAAAGACAUGCGAGCUUGUGAUGUGUGGCUGUAAGAUGACUAUGACCGGCAAAUAUUUAUUGUUUCUGAGCUUUCUGCAGUCACUGCUGUUAUCGUUUGGACUGUAUGAGGACCAGAUCGGGAAAUUUGACUGGCAUCAGCAGUAUGUAGGGAAGAUUAAAGACGUUUUCUGGGAUCAGUCUUUCCAUGCCGGUAAACGCUUGUUGGUGUCUUCUGAGAAGCAUGUGCUAGCAUCUGUGCACUCUCACAAUGGUUCCCUGGCUUGGAGGAAAGUUUUAGAAGAAGGAACAAGAGGACAGAUUGACAAAACUCUCCACUCCGGAAAUGUGUUGAUUACCAUAAAUGGAGGCGGGCGAUUUGUGCGAAAAUGGAACCCUGGGAAUGGUGUAGCAGACUGGGAUAUCUCUUUGCCGGGAUCAAAAAAUGACAGAGCUGACAUCGUCCAGUGCAGUAAAGAUCUGGUGGCUGUUAUGGUGCAAGAAGCUGUGCUUGGUCUGGAAACUAGGUCAGGGAAACAGAAAUGGUCAAUUGCACUUCCACAAAGUAACCAAGUGGUCUUCACGCACCUAGCUUUGUCGGGUACAAACCUGUUUGUGAUUGGUCAAUCUUACGGACAGCAGAUUACCAUAGUAACCGUGGAUGUGGAUGGAGUGAUAAAGUCCACUCAGUCUGUGACAGCACCCUGGCUGACCUCUAACACAAAGUGUGUUGUGUCAUCUGGUGGUUUCCUGGUUUGCUACAGACAUGAGGACCAAAAUCUUCUAACACUAAACUUAGCAGAUGGUCAGACAUUCAAAUCAACCAGUUUACAGAUUUUAGGUUUGGAGGCAGAUGAUGGUGUUACCAUAGAAACCCAGAAAAAGGCAGAUGAGCCUUAUAUAUUUUUGAGGAUGAGGAAAGAUCACAUUGCCUUGUUAGAAAUCGCAUCUCAUGGAGUCAAGCUUAAGAAGGAUCUGCCUAAUAUUUGUGCAGCACAAAUUGCUUCCCUUGAUGCCCAGUCCAUGUUAUUUACACUAGAGAGAUUAACAGGGGAGCUGAAGAUGAGAGCAUAUGACCUUAAUACUGGAGGUGAAAUGGCCGAACUCUAUCAAACCAUUACAUAUCUACCUCAACAUGGCUUUCCUCAUACGAUGGAGGUUUUGCUGUUUAAGAAAAGAGAUCUGAGGCUUGGUUGUAGGUUUGCUAUCCUGUCAGAAGAUUUCUCCAUGCAGCUAGUUCUUAAAACAGAGCGGGACCACUCACCUGGGAAGAUUGCGUGGAGGCGAGAGGAAGCCCUGGCGUAUGUGUUGUCUGUAGAAAUGAUCGAUCUACCGGUGUCCGAAAACCAGGCCAAGUAUGAAGAUGAAUUUGGAUCACACAGAGAUGAUAUUGCAACCAUGUACAUGAAGAGGUUCAAGACUCAGUUUUCACAGUUAAAGACUUACAUACAACAACAACUUCAGAAGCUUCAGGGUCACCGACAUCAUCACCAUGACAUCGAGGCAAUGGCAGAAAGCGGGUCAGAAGACGAGGAUGAGGAAUUAACGCGAGACGAAUUUAACCUCAAUAAACUCAUCAUCCUGGUGACUGGAGCCGGCAAAAUCUACGGUGUCCGGAGCACAAAUGGUCACAUUGAAUGGGAACACUUUUUCCCAGAUUUAACUCCCUUUAACAGAUAUGGCCAACAGAAGCUGUUAUUGUAUGUACAGAGGACAACAGCUCACUUUCCUAACCCCCCACAGUGUACGAUAGUGGGCAAACACAAGGCAACGGGCAAUGGACUCCUGUUCUCCUUCAAUCCUAUUAGUGGAGAGGCUGUAGACACGCCCUCUACUGGCCAGAUGUUGAACUUUAGAAUUGUACAGGCUGGCAUGCUGGGAGAAUUAGAUGACCACUUCCUGCGCGGCAUUCUGCUACUUGACCCCAAUGAUCAGGUUCAUGUUUUCCCAGAGAAAUGCUCCUCCGUUCUGAAGAGGACAUACAGAUCCCAGUUCUUGUUCGUGGCUGAUCGUGACACAGGCUUUAUAAACGGCUACAGGACUCUCCCGCUUCAGAAGACAUUUUCUAUGGAGAAGGUUUGGACUGUGAAUCUUCAUAAAAAACAACAAACAAUUACACAAGUGGUUGGAAAAAGACCACUAGAACAAGUUCAUUCUCAAGGUCGUGUCCUUGGUGACAGAAGCGUUUUAUAUAAAUACCUCAAUCCCAAUCUGGUUGUUGUGGUAACUGAGGGAGAAAUCCAGGAACAGUCUCAAAAAGGUCCGUCCAGCUUCAUCAACCUCUAUCUGUUGGACAGUGUCACUGGUCACAUGGUCUUCCACUGCAGCCACCGGAGAGCCAAGGGACCGGUCAAUCUGGUGCACUCAGAAAACUGGGUUCUGUAUAGCUACUUCAGUCAAAAGUCCCGUCGUCACGAAAUGGCCGUGUUAGAAUUAUACGAAGGGAAGGACCAGAGUAAUUCCUCUGCUUUCUCUUCCUUCUCAUCACCACGACAACCGCUGGUCCUACGACAGUCGUACAUAAUGCCGUUAUACAUAUCCACCAUGGCGACGACCAUCACAGAGAAAGGCAUAACCAGCAAACAACUUAUCUUUGCCUUGAGGCUGGGUGGCUUACUAGCUCUUCCUAAAGCGCUACUGGACCCCAGAAGACCCCUUCUUCCCACUCAGGAAACCAUGGAGGAGGGCACAAUUCCAUACAUCCCAGAGUUACCUGUCAAUGCUGAGGCUAUUAUAAACUAUAACCAGAGUCUGUUCAAUGUCCAGGGGGUAUACACCUCACCGGCCGGACUUGAGUCCACCUCACUGGUCCUGGCAUACGGACUGGACUUGUACUUUACACGAAUUCAGCCCUCCAAGAUGUUUGACGUUCUGAAGGAGGACUUUGAUUAUUUCUUUAUAUCGGUCGUGUUGUUAGGAAUGUUUGUAGUUACCAUAGUUACUCAGAAACUCUCCGCCAGGCGAGCACUAAGUCGGGCGUGGAAAUAAAAUUUCUGAUUGUGUGAAGUGUGUGAGCUGUUGUGUGGGAUGUGAUUCAUUGGAGAGAAAGUCUUUAUCAUGAAAAACGUCACGAGUGAUUUUUGUAAAGCACUGUUUUGCGAUUCAUGGUAUUCAUGCAUGGUACAUGUUAUUCAGUACAUCAACACCUGUGUUUAAUUCAAACAUUCCAUGUGUAUGAAAGUUGUGCAAAUUCUUUGUCAUAAAUAAUAACCAGAGAGUAGGCUGCCUGUGUAAAAGCUUGAAACUUGGAGAGAAUUGUCUAUAUAAUGCUCUACAAAAUUCGUGAAGGGGGGUGGGGGGGAUAGUCUCCAUCUCCAAUAAAGUGAUGUAAAAUUACUAAAAAUGAGCAAUUCUAAGGAUUUUUUUUAUAGAUUUUGUACCAAGUGUCAGGAUAUUGUUAAGGGCAGUGUAUAGCUGAUAUUAGUGGAAUAGUUGUUGUGUGUGAUAGUUAUUUAUGUCAGAAGUGAAAUACGAUUCAUGUUGUGUUUUUAACAUUUUUGAUCUCGCAAUGAUUCAGUGAGAGGGAGCGAUUCUAAAUUUGUUGAUAUGAGUGGAUUUUUUUUUUUUUAAUUUUUUGAUAUUCUACUACAUGUAGUGCGGCUGUGUAUUAAGACUGUUUUACUGCUCGUUUUACCGGACAUUUUAUAGAAAGGGAAUCGGUUUACGAAAUUUAUUGUUGAUUCUUGUUAAAGUAUCACAGAUUAAGGGAAUUGAAAAUUUGGAUUCAAUUCAUCCCUAGCUUAGUAUCUAUGAUUGUCUAAUCUAUUUUUUCAUGAAGACUUUUCAUGAUUCAGACAAAUUAGAAGUUUAAUAAUCAUCAUAUGUGGAAGUCAUUUCUUCAGUUUAAUUUCGUAGAUGAUGCAGGUACGGCAUUACUCUUACCUGACUACAAAAGUAACAUUUGAUACUAAACUGUGGAAAUGGCGAACUUUGAAUAUAGGGAACUUGAUUUUCAAUGAAUUGUGAAAUAUUACUUUAUUCCCUCUAAUGAAAAAUUUUAAAAGUAAUAAAUUUUGUCUCCAGUAUAGAACAAAACUUCAAGAAUAAUUUUUAUCUCAACUGUGAGACGUUUUAAUAAUUUUUUGGUCUCCAUUAUGCAUAUAGAACCAACUCUUAACAAAAAUAAUAAAAAUUUCCACAAUUAUGGGAA